UUCGAAAACGUUUAAUAUUACUUUUGCUCUAAUUCACUGGAAACUGAAACAGUUAAAAUGAAACUCUUUUUGAUCGUUACUCUUUUUAUUUAUUCCGUUAAUGCUGACGAGUAUCUAUCUUAUGAAGUAGAACCAUUCACAGAUGAAAUCGUUAAUGGAAUCAACGCUUUGAACACAACUUGGAAGGCUGGUAAAAAUUUCAAUGGAAGUUCAGUCCAAAUAGAUACCCUGGUUCCCACUCAUGAGAAACUUUGGUCUUAUCCUAGAGAUUUUCCUAUUAGAAAGUAUGGAUCGUGCAAACUUCCCGUGAACUUCGAUGCUCGUGUAGCUUGGCCUAACUGUACUUCAAUUGGUAAGAUCUAUGACCAAACAAAAGGUUACCCUUCAUGGAUCUACACGGCUGUUGGUACAAUUGCUGAUCGCCUUUGCACCAAACAUGGUGUUCAGAUUGAUGUUAAAGCUACAGUCGAGCAUAUGGUCAAAACAAAUGUUGACUUCAAAAACUAUUAUAACAGUGCAAACAUUGGUCAAGCUUUAAAAUAUUGGGCUAAAAAUGGAAUCUUCACAGUUGAAUCAGUAAAAGAGUCAAGUUGCUUACCCUUAUCACAAAAAUGCCAAUCAAAUGAAAUCAAAUUAGACAAAUAUUUUAAAGUUACCAAUGAGGUCUUAAAAUAUGAAAGUGAAGUAAUGAAAUCCAUAAAGCUGUAUGGGCCGGUAUCUGCUUACAUGGAAGUUUAUGCAGAUUUUCUCAGCUACGUAUCAGGUGUUUACAAACGUUAUUCUGAAAACUAUGUUGGAUAUCAUAAUAUAAAAAUUAUCGGUUGGGGAACGGAAAAUGGUGUCGAUUAUUUGUUGGCAACUAAUUCAUGGGGAACUGAAUGGGGUGAAGAAGGUUUCUUUAAACUAAAACGAAAUGCACAACAACUGGGUUUCGGAACCAAUCCGAUUUCCACUUCGUUAAUGCCUGUAGACAACGAAAAAGAUAUUCCUAGAUCAUAUGUUCACGGUCAACUGUUUUACUUGGCUAAAUGA